UUUGUCCUAGAGCCAGUUGAAAGGUCACCCGGCUGUAGAAUUUGCCACGAGCGCUCGAAGGAAGCCGGAAAGUUUCCUCCCAACUUCUCAAGACGUCCUGCGGCGAUUCUCAUGCUGAAUCGGACCUUCUUCAGGUCUGCUUCUCUCGCCAAGACGUUGCACCGUCCUCAGGGUUUCUCCGCACCUGUAAGAAGGAGAUUUAAGACGAUGACGUCGGACGAGGCGGUGAGGAUGUCCCGGCGCAUGGUGUGGGUGGAUCUCGAGAUGACAGGUCUGGACCUGGACUCCUGCCACAUCAUCGAGAUGGCGUGCCUCAUCACCGACGACGACCUAAACGUGGUGGCCGAGGCUCCGGACCUGGUCAUCCACCAACCGGAUGCUGUGAUGGACACCAUGAACGACUGGUGCAAGGAGCACCAUGGGAAGUCAGGACUGACGGAAGCCGUACGGAGAAGCGAGCUGUCACUCCAGGCUGCCGAGUACGAGAUGCUGUCGUUCGUGCGGCAGUACACCCCGCCCGGGGUGUGUCCGCUCGCAGGAAACUCCGUCCACGUGGACAAGAAGUUCCUGGAGAAGUACAUGCCUCAGUUCAUGAACCACCUGCACUACAGAAUUAUAGACGUGAGCACGAUUAAGGAGUUGUGUCGGCGCUGGUACCCAGAGGACUAUAACGUGUCUCCUCAGAAGUCUGCCACCCACCGGGCCCUGGAAGACAUCAGGGAAAGCAUCAAGGAGCUGCAGUUCUACAGGAGUCACGUCUUCAAGAAAGUAUAGCGUCUUGACUGGAACAACCCCAAACCACGUCCCCCCUUGUGUAAUCUCCAAGCAGAUCCUACAAUGGCAUAAGAUAGUACCAAACUGACCAAGGAGUGUAGUCAUCCAAAAGGUGUCAAUUUGGCCGGUAGCAAAACAUACUCCUAAGCCGGCUUCACUCCUUUGCCAGCUUUUGAUGCUAUCUUAUGCUACCGUAGGAUCUGCUUGGAGAUUACUCCUUGUGUACUUCUGUGGUUUCCCAUAAGUUUGCUGCCAAGAAAUCAGACGUUGCUGUCAUUAUGUUAUAGUUCUACUAAAAACUGCUUUAUUUUAUGAAAUUAAUGUGAACUUGGCUUAUGUAUGUCUUAAAGUAGCUUUGUGGAAAGAAAGAGUUUGAGUUUAAGAUUUUAUUAUUUGAUGAACAGCAAAGAUAAUUUUGUUCUUUGUUAUUGAAAGAUUUGCUUAUUUAAUGCUACAGUGUCAUUCCAGAAGAGAAGCACAAAUGAAAUAUGAACAAAAUUUGCACAAUGCUUGUUGGUAUGCAAAGAUGGGUUAGUCUCAAGUUAAGUGACAGUUCCUUUUGUUUCCAUUUUUUUCUAAAAAAACACCUGAUAUAUUCAAUCUGUUUCUGUGUUAUGAGACUUAGAAAUAAAUUGUUGCGUGCACAUUA